AUGUUCACGCGACGUUUGUUGACAACUGCUGCACGAGCAUCCACGACACGUCGUUCGUUUGCCACCAGCACCAGCAUCACCAAGAACAAGCCUGCUGUGUAUGACAUGACCAGCGACACAGCAACCGAGGUCACUGACGACAUGUUCGACAUUAUGAAGCGCGCAUCACGCAAAGACGAUGUGUUUGGUGCCGAUGACAGUAUCAAUGACCUUGAACAACACGUUGCUAAGCUACUUGGCCACGAGGCUGCCCUCUUUUGUGCCAGUGGAACUAUGACCAACCAACUUGGACUUCGUACGCUGUUGACGCAGCCUCCUCACUCAGUGUUAUGUGAUGCCCGGUCGCAUAUUUACAACUAUGAAUGUGGUGGAUUGGCCUACAAUUCUCAAGCUGCUUUGACCCCGACGAUGCCUAAGAACAAUGUAUAUCUGACAGCUGAGGAAAUUGACUACAAUCUAAACAUGGAUGAUCUAUGUGGUGCUCCAACACGUGUCAUUGCUUUGGAAAAUACAUUGAAUGGUGCCAUUAUGCCUUUGGAAGAGAUGGAACGGAUUCAUACAUUGGCCCGUAACAAGGAUUUGCUUCUUCAUCUUGAUGGUGCACGUUUAUGGAAUGCAAGCCAGGCCACAGGAAUACCACUAAGCGAAUACGGGCAGCUCUUUGAUACAAUCUCUGUAUGCGUUUCCAAGGGCGUUGGUGCACCCGUUGGCUCUCUUGUGGUUGGAUCACGUGAUCGUAUCAAAAGAGCUCGACAUGUAAGAAAGCUUCUUGGUGGUGGAUGGAGACAGGCUGGUUUAUUGGCUGCUGUAGCACAUCAUUGCAUCGACACUAUUGUUCCUACUAUGCCAGAGACACAUCGAUUGACAUCGCGACUUGCAAAUCACCUCGAGACAUUGGGUAUGCGUAUUCUACUUCCCUGUGAUACAAAUAUGAUCUUCCUUGAUACGGCGCCUUGGGUCACGGUGAACGAGCUUGCUGAUGCCCUUGAAGAGAAGAAGAUUAUCAUUGGACGUGACGAAGGCACUGUAACGCGUAUUGUAUUGCAUCAUCAAAUCGACGAGCAAGCAGUGGAAGACUUUAUCAAUGUUGCAACUCGUUUAUCAGAAGAAAAGCAGCAACUAGGAAAGCGUGUUGUAGAAGAAGACCAUAAAGUAGACAUAUCACGUGCCUAUCCAUCAGCAUCCCGCUGA